AAGAGCUCUGCAAUGGCAGGUGUUGCUGCAGCACCACAACCUAAAGAAGACUGCUUGCCCGACACUGAAAUGCCAAGCACAAGCACUGGCAAAAGAGGCACUGGGAAAAAAUGCACACAGAAAACAAACACUGGGAAGAAAAGCUCUGGGGAAACCAGCACAGGGAGAAAAAGCUCAGACCAGCCACAACUGAUAUCCUCACUAACAAGUAUUUACCUCGCCGAUCUCAAGGGCAUUGUGAGUGAGGGGGACCCUGCGAAGAAAUACACUGUACAGCAGAUAAUUGGCCAAGGGACUUUUGGAACAGUUUUCCGAGGAGUUGACAUUGCCACAGGAGGACAGGUGGCCAUCAAGAAGAUUUUUCUUGGAGACCAAAAGCAUCAAAGCGAAAAAGUUGUAAAUGAAGUUACGGUCCUAAAGAGAAUGAGACACCCCAAUAUCAUUCACUAUAUAGACAGCUACCUUUUCAAUGAAGAACUCUGGCUGGUGACGGAAUAUGUGGAGGGAUGCACCUUAGGCGAUGUCAUUUCCAAACAGGCUCUUGAGGAAGAGAUGAUAGCCUCUAUCAGUCGGGAGUGCCUGAAAGCCCUGGACUUCCUUCAUUCAAAUCGAGUGAUCCACAGAGACAUCAAAAGUGACAAUAUUCUUCUAGGAAUCGAUGGAUCUGUGAGAUUGAUUGAUUUUGGCUUAUGUGCUUGGCUGAAGCCCCAGCGAAAGACAUGGAGGUCAUUUUUUGCAGCUCCUUUCUAUAUGGCAUCAGAAAUGUUGAGAAGAGACAGAUAUGAUGCCAAAGUGGACAUCUGGGCCCUUGGGAUCACAGCACUAGAAAUGGUGGAUGGUCCUACACGGCCUAAGGACGUGCCACCGGAGCUGGAGACUCCCAGAAACCUGUCGCCUGUGUUCCAUUCCUUCCUGCAGUCCUGCCUGAACCAGAAUGCGAAGCGUCGAUGGACGGCCUGGCAGCUGCUGCAGCAUCCAUUUUUAGGAAAAUCCAAGAGUCUUGUCGAGAUGGUUCCUCUGAUUGAUGCAGCCAGGAGACCCAGAACAGCGGCACCAGAACCUCUGCUGGCUCCCUCUCUUUCUGGACAAGAGGGGAAAGAAGAGCAAGUAGAGAAGGAAGCUAAAAGUUCCUGAGCAGACAGCACUCGCUCUUUGGGACUGCAGAUUGUGAGGGCUGGAGCCCUGCCAUGACACGGUGCUUCAGCCCAGCCACUGACCCUGGAAAAGGCGUUUUGAACUACCAAGUCGAGUCAGGGUCCCUUGCAGGAGACAGGAGACAGGACAAACUGGCCCUUGGGGAUACCUGCCCCUCUGCACCGUUCAAAAAUCCAGGCACUGCUGCAGCAACACAAC